AUACAUUUCUCCCAGAAUACAACACAGUGGCUUUCUCACAUCUGCUCACGUGAAUGAGGUGUAGGCUGCUGCCCCCAAAACGAUAAAUGGUUUUAUUUUGAAAGCGGGCGUGGAAACGCUCUGUCCGUGUCGUGGCGAGCUUUACUCUGUAUGGUUGUUACAUCGGAGACAGUAGGAGAGAAAAGGGGCAAAUGUGCGUGGCGGCGGAGAGGGAGGGAGGACAGUGAGUGCGGAAAUAGGCAGCCAGGCACAUCAGCAGCAGCGGCAGAGCAUCUUUCCUGAUCCUCAUCUCCCGCGUCUUCAGCUGCCAAUUCUUCGUGUGCGCCCCUGAUUGAGAUUUCACUGCCGACUGAAGUGUCCAGAAGCCCCCGCCAGCCAUCACCUCCCACCACACACUUUUCUCCGGAGCUCGGUUAUUCUUAGCUCAGCUGCGAGAGAGGCUGCCCUUCCGGUCCUUCUCUUAUUUAUCCCAGUUUCUUGAAUAUUUAAUGGAAAAUGGCGAUCUGCGCGCAGUCGUGCGGGUUUUUCUGCCUCUUCACAAUCCAAACUGUACUUAUCAUAUGCGUCUCCACGCCGACAGCUGGGACCCACCUCUUCCCCCAGCACUACACAAUGAUUCACUGGGCUGGGCGCAUCGAGAAGGAGCUGGAAAAGGUGCUGCAGCACGUUACUGGAACUCAGCAGAUGAGAUCGAUUUAUAAUGAGAAGAAGAGCCAGUUCGAAAUCAAGAGAAACAACCCCAAGGACUUGGUGGAAAGAGUGGCACGGGACAUCUCCAAGCUGCUCAACAGUAAGAGAAAAGCCCUGGAGAAACUGGCCAGGGAGGCAGAGCAGCUUCAGAAGGAGCACGUAUGGCAAGAUGGUGUGACGGAGAAUGCCAUUUCAUACUACGAUUCCAAAGCGGAUUCAGACUAUACGGAGGACGGAGAAGAGGAGAGCCCGCUGGAGAGCUCCACGUCUUUGGAGCUCGAGUUUGUGGAUGAUCCUAAUUUUAAAAACAAGGUCAACUACACUUACAGCGCCGUCCAGAUUCCGACGGACAUUUACAAAGGCUCCCCCGUCAUCCUGAAUGAAUUAAACUGGACCCAGGCGCUGGAGAGGGUCUUCAUUGAAAACCGCCGGGACGACAGCUCUCUGCGCUGGCAGGUGUUCGGCAGCGCCACGGGAGUGACGCGUUACUACCCAGCCACUCCAUGGAGGGCGCCCAACAAGAUUGACCUGUACGACGUCCGCAGAAGGCCGUGGUAUAUCCAAGGUGCAUCGUCUCCAAAGGACAUGGUCAUCAUUGUGGACGUGAGCGGAAGUGUCAGCGGACUCACGCUGAAGCUCAUGAAGACCUCCGUUGUGGAGAUGCUGGACACUCUGUCGGAUGACGACUACGUGAACGUGGCCAGGUUCAAUGAAAAGGCAGAUGCUGUCGUCCCAUGCUUCAGGACUUUGGUCCAAGCCAAUGUUCGGAACAAGAAGAUCUUCAAGGAAGCCGUCAUGCACAUGCAAGCCAAAGGAACGACGGAUUACAAGUCUGGCUUCACAUUCGCCUUUGAACAGCUUCUCAAUGAGAGCAGUGCCCCGAGGGCCAACUGCAAUAAGAUGAUAAUGAUGUUUACAGAUGGCGGCGAGGACCGAGCCCAGGACAUCUUCGAGAAGUACAACUGGCCCAACAAAACAGUUCGUGUUUUCACCUUCUCUGUCGGCCAGCACAACUAUGAUGUUACCCCUUUGCAGUGGAUCGCGUGUGCUAACAAAGGAUACUACUUUGAAAUUCCCUCCAUUGGAGCGAUCAGAAUCAACACCCAGGAGUACCUGGAUGUCCUGGGUCGUCCCAUGGUGCUGGCUGGGCCUAGGGCCAAGCAGGUGCAGUGGACGAACGUCUACCAGGACGCUUUGGGUUUGGGCCUCGUCAUCACUGGGACGAUGCCAGUCUUCAAUCUCACUGCUGAUGUUGUGAGCUCUCGGAACCAGCUCAUCCUUGGAGUCAUGGGUGUGGACAUUGCAAUCAACGAAAUCAAAAAGAAGACGCCUACAUACAGACUCGGCGCUAAUGGCUACACCUUUGCCACUGAUCCUAAUGGUUACGUACUGUUGCAUCCCAACCUACGACCCAAGAUCAUUAACUUCCGAGAGCCUGUCACUUUGGACUUUCUGGAUGCAGAACUGGAGGACAGCAACAAGGAGGAGAUCCGCCGACAGAUGAUUGAUGGCAAAUCAGGGCAAAGAAAAAUCAAGACGCUCAUUAAGUCAGUUGAUGAGAGGUACAUAGACGAGGCCAUGCGGACGUACACAUGGACACCGGUGGAGGGUACAGAUUACAGUCUAGGGUUGGUUCUCCCCACAUAUAGUGAGAACCACAUCAAGGCCAACCUAAGUGACCAGAUCCUUCAGGUGCAGUUGCCAUACACCAAGGAUUUUGAAUCACUGCUGCCAAACAGUUUUGAGUCUGAAGGACAUGUAUUCAUUGCUCCCAGGGAGUACUGCAAUGACCUGGAACUGUCCAACAACAACACUGAGUUCCUGCUCAACUUCAUUGCUCUUAUGGAGAAGGUGACACCAGACUCCAAACAAUGUGACAAUUUGCUUCUUCACAACCUGAUUCUGGACACUGGCAUCAUUAGACAGUUGGUGGAGAAAGUGUGGAAGAAUAAAGAUUUGAACACAUACGGCUUCCUGGCUGUGUUUGCAGCAACAGAUGGUGGUAUAACAAGAGUGUUUCCCAACAAGGCUGCAGAAACCUGGGAGGAGGACCCUGAGCCGUUUAAUGCCAGCUAUUACCGCCGCAGUCUCGACAACAAGGGCUACAUCUUCCGAGCGCCUUAUCGAGCAGACGGGGACGAGCUGCUGAACCUCAACCAAGGAAAUGACACCAUUGGUAUUCUGGUGAGCACGGCUCUGGAGAUUACAAUAGGAGGGAAAACCAUCAAACCCGCAGUUGUUGGAGUGAAACUAGACCUCGAAGUGUGGACAGAAAAAUUCAAGAUUCUUGCCACCAACCAUACAGACAACCGUCAAAGCUCAAAUACGUGUGGCCCAAACAGAGUCUGUGAAAUGGACUGCGAAGCCAACACUGAUGAUCUCCUGUGCUACUUAAUAGAUGAUGGUGGAUUCCUGAUCAUGUCCAAUCAGAAGGAUGACUGGAACAAGGCGGGCAUGUUCUUCAGUGAUGUUGACCCCUACUUGAUGCACGCUCUCUACAACAACUCCUUCUACAACCUCAAGCGGUCAUUUGAUUACCAGUCGGUGUGCGAGCGGGUGCCAAACAGUGAAGCUGGAGCUGCACCCAGAGGAGUGUUUGUGCCCACAAUUGCAGAUUUUGUAAACGUGGCAUGGUGGACAUCAGCUGCUGCAUGGUCCCUGUUCCAACAGUUCAUAUAUGGACUGGCUUAUCACAGUUGGUUUGUCACAGAUGAGGUGGAUGCAGAUGGAAUCGACUCUAAAGAGAGGAGCUGUGUAAUGAUCCAGACGCAGUACUACUUAAGUAAUCUCACCAGCUCCUACAACAUACUGCAAGACUGUGGUAACUGCUCCAGGCUGAUUCAUGCCAAGAGGAUAAACAACACCAACUUGCUGUUUGUGGUAGCAGAAAAGAUGCCGUGCAACACCUGUGAGAUAGAGAAGCUGUCCCAGGACGUGGAGGAGUUCAAGGAGGAAAAUCCAUGUGAAGAAAUGCCAGUGGCGCGCUAUCGAAAAGGACCCUCCACCUGCUUCGACAAUAACGUUGCUGAGAACACGUCAGACUGCGGGCGAGGUCACUCCUUCCGUCCGUCCAUUUACACUUUACUGCUGAUUCAGCUCCUUCUGCUUUUUCCCGUCAUCAGUCCUCACGCUCACUCUUUACUACUUUAAUUCCAUUUUCCUGCACUUAUCCUCCUUUUAGCCCUCCUGAGCCUUCGGCCCCACCCUAAAGCCCCCUCCCCUUCUCCCCCCUACUACCGUGCCCCUCAGCCCCUCCCCUCCCCCCGGUAUAGUCAUAGGUAAUAAUGGGACUUCACAUCACAGCAAGUUGGAAGCCCUGAGUGCCGCGCUACCCAGCUCGCUUCAGUCUGUGUCGCUUAGUGACAACUGUGGGACGUGUAUGUCCUCAGCAAGUUAGCCUUCAUCUGCAGGAAGAGCGGGUGGUGUCACGCCACCUGGAUCAUCAGAGGCAACGUCAGAAAAGAGAGAACAAGCCUCCCAUGACCUCCUCACCAUCUCCGCCGUCCUGACAAAGGAGGGGGGGAGAAGGACGGCUCAUCACAGACCUCCCACUGCAUAUAGACUAGAGAAAGGUCGUCUGUCGGCCUUCGCCUCUGUCUGUCAGACAGACUUCUCCUCCUUCUCCGCGCGUCCAUCUCCGAGUCUCACCACUCUUGUCAUUCGCCUCUGGUGAGAGGCUGCGGACCAUUCAGCCACUUAUAACAACCGUAGAAGAAAAUAACAGAAAAAACAAAAAAUGAACUGUCAAGUAUACAAAAUGUCAAGUAUAAACUGCUGAAGUGAUGAGUAUUUCCAGACUAACAGUAUAUUUAGGUUUUCAUUUGAAAAGGAAGUUGUUAAGUGUUAACUUAAAAAGACAUGAAUUCAUUUAUCGCGCUAUAUCUACUUGCCAAAAUGAGAUAUACUUUCAUGUGGUCUUAUUUUUGUAGCCAAAACACGAAGCGGAUUUAGAUUUAGGAUAAACCGUGAGAGGAAGAGGAGACUUCCCGCAGCUGAAUGCUGACUCAUGUUGUGCAGAUGAACGCUUUUAAAAGACGUCUACUGGAAAUCAUUGUUAUUAAUGACGGUAAUCACAUUUAUUCAAGUAUUUCUCCUCGCAGUUACUAUUUAAGGUCAACCAAGGCUGUAAAAUAUGAAUCAGUGUUCAGUCGCUGCGGGAAUAUUGUUGAUGUCGUGUUGUACUCUUCUUAAUGAUCAGUUCAGGCCUUGGGUUUAGACUGAUGUUUAAAAAAAAAAAAAAGAAAAGAAUCCCUGUGCACUCUGAUGAGAAAACUCACCUGUGCCAAUCCUCAUGAGGCUUCUCCAUCGACCUCUACUACUGCUCCUAGUCACGAUUUGUAAAUGUGCUGUACUUCUGUCACACAGCAUACACACCAAGAUCUCUGCCUCAUGGUAGUUCCAGGUGGGUUUUUUUUUUUUUUUUUUUUCAUUUUUACGGGUGGCUAAUCGUUGUUUUUUUUUCCUCUCUCUCUCUUCUUUUAUUGGGGCUUGCAUUACCUUUGACUGAUGCUGUUCAAACUCCAAAUAACCAUUCGCUGCUGGGGGAUAGGGGCUUAUCAAACAUUUCAAACAAAAGUGCAGAAGAGGCCACUAAAUAUGGUGAUCACGUGCAGCAGUAGUCUGGUUGUAAUCCAUCACAGUUCGUCCUUUGAUCAUUGCCAUGUGUGAAAAGUCAUUUUAGACUCCCAUGUUUAGGAGCCGCUCUGUUUUCAUAGUGCCUUGAUGCACUUUGUUUUGGAACGCACCGGCCGUGUAAGAGUAGAGCUACCGUAUAGUACCUUUAUAACGCAGCCAUCUUUGAGGCUUUGGGCACCGAGUCUGUUGGCUAUAGAAAAAUAGCUUUACACCGAGCCAUCACACUGACCGGCUCAGCUUAAUGUAUAAACCCUCUCGGCCGUCGUUGCUGUACUCCUCCAGAGCCACCCGACUGUCACCGUAUGGAGUUACUAUACCGUUCCUUUACAAAGCCAUGCAUAGAGCUACGAUACACUAUCAGCAUACAGCGACUAACUGGCCAUAGAGCGUCUUUAGGGCCACCUGACUGCAACAGCUCUGCCUGAACUCGUGCGUGUUUUGUGUGUGGAUGUAUGUGCGUUUUAGUUCACGCCCUCAAAGGGAAUGUCUUUUAAACGGGAGUGUGUGGGGGACUGCAGCCGUGCUCGCGUCGCUGUGUGUUCCCGUUCACGUGUUGUUACGGACAGAAUCCAGUGUUGCUGAGGAGAAAAAAAAAAGAAAAAAAUUUCACUGCAACAAAAAGAUCGUUAACUAUCAGUCUGCUGCUGAAAUACGGGAGCAGAGGAAAGAAUGUGUAGUUAUCAUCAGUGUUUUUGUGUUUCAAUGCAACAUAGUUAACAAAGCCUCUCUAAAUGCCUUAGUGUUACACAAUGCGGAGCUCUGAUACCCCCCCAUGUACCCUCUACCCCACGCACACACGCAAAUAGACCCCACAAUAUUCACUCCCCUGGGUUUUCUUGGUGUUAUGCAGUAAGUAUAGUGAGCUCUACUUUUGUAUUCUUACGUCUUGGAAUGAUUAGUUAUUGAUCGAUGCCUGUUUGAUUAAUUGCUUGAAGGCGGGUGGGAGUUUUUAAAUUUGGUGUCCACGCCCACCCAGAAACUCACUGUAUUGCUCAGGUGGGAUGAUUCACACCACAAUUUGAACCUUAUCUACACUCUGUACAGUCGUUGGUACUCUUUGAUGUGACAAAUCAUGCUGGCACAGUAACUGCAGCUCAGCUCAAAGCAAAUCUGAGAAAAACAAACAAACAAAAAAAAAGACUGUUAAAGAAUUUCCGAUUGGGAUCCUGUCGGCGCCGGGGGUGGGGUGGGGUGGGGGGCCGCCCGCCCGCCCGCAUCCUCCGACGCUGGAUGCAGAGUUACUUUUCUGGCAUUAGUUUGUCUCUGUCCUGUGCCAUUAAUUCUGUCUGUAUUUCCCUAUUUCCACUGUCUGUAAAUGAACGUGCCUGUGGAAAUGUACCCCCUGCAACUUCCUCUCGUUUCCUGGCUCCGUACGCAUACAGUCUCACACGCAAGAUGUAGGCCUACACUUUGUGCACCUGCACCGAGACAUUAUGCACAACCCGCACACACACACCUACGAGCAAACAUGCGAUGACACUUAUUCAUGCCCAGCUGGGAGAUGUCAGACGCCGGGCAGAAGUGAGCCGAGGACGCCACUGCCCUGGUGUUUUUAGUGAGCGGCGGGAUGUCUAGAGGAAAGCUCAGGGAGUGGGUCUCCACAGAGCAGCACGGACCUGUCCAACAGAAGGUCACGGAGGAACUGAUGUAGUGACGUCUGCGUGUGCGUCCCGGCGGAAGAUGUCUUCUCUAGGGACGCACGCGUCUGAUUUCUGUGGUUUGACAAAGUUAUACUUUUGCCAAAAAACAACAACAAAAAAAAAAGGAGUAAAUAGAGAAUUGGCCCAGCUUGGGAAUGAGAGGGGGCGUCAAGUAGAGGAUGGUUUUGGUGAAGCGCCCUCCCGGCCCUCGCUGCAUCUGUGUUGGUGCGUCUCUGUGGGAAAGACACGUGUGUAUGUGAUUCUGUAGUCUUUAGUCUGGUGCUAUGUGACCAUGUUUGACAAGUGUGUGCAAAAAAAAAAAAAAAAUAACAGCAACAUUUAGAGAAAAAAAGAGUAAAAUCAAUCAAAUUUUAAGUGAAGUUUAAAAAAAAUAAUAUAUAUAUAUAUAUAUAUAGGAAUACGGCACUGUUGAUAAGUUUGAGAUCUGACGUCAAAAUGUUUUUAAUUUUUUUUAUUUGAAUUCUUUUCUGUUUGCGUUCUUGUACGUGUGUGAGUGUGAAUGUUUGUGUGCGUGAAAGAGUUAGCUCCUUCUUUUCUGGGCACUGGUCCACGUCGCUCCAUUCUUUUGUACAGAUGAAGCUAAAAAAAAAAGAAAAAAAAACACAAAAGAAAAAAGAAGAGGGCAAAAUUUGUAAAAUAUUGUGUCUGUGACUCCUUGUAAAAUAUUUUCAAAUUGUUUAUUACAGAGAAUCAGUUAUUAAAUAAUGUUCAUAUUUUUCACUUCA